UACUUUCACUACUGAUUUUUGUAAAUUUAUUAAAUUGGGAAAUUCUAUAUCUAUAUUUAGAACUGACAUACACCGUAUAAAUAUCAAUUUAACUGAUAUAUGUUCAGUAUUUCACAACAGCAGCAUAUAUUCAACAUCACACAAUGGAGUUCUGUGGAAAGAGUUGUAUACACGGUCAUCCAUGCAGGGGACUGAAUGGUGAAAAUGCAUGUCUCCCUUGUCUGUCAUGUAACAGUACAAACCAAAAACAUACAGCUAACGAUAUGUGUAUGAUAUGUUAUACAGAACCACUGCCUUCCUCGCCCUGCAUAAAGUUGGAAUGCGAUCAUAUUUUCCACUACGAGUGUAUACGCCAGAUUCUAGAAAAACGAUGGCUAGGAUCAAGAAUAACAUUUGGAUUCUUACUAUGUCCUAUUUGCAAGACAAGAAUCAGUCAUCCUUCUUUGGAAGAAGUUAUACACCCUAUUAACUGUUUAUUCGAAGAUGUGAAGAUCAAAUCUUUAACAAGACUACAACAUGAUGGUCUAUUCAAAUGUGAUGCCAUAAACACACCAGGUGGAUUAUUCUAUCAGGAUCCAGCAGGAUAUGCUAUGGAAAGAUAUGCAUAUUAUGAAUGUUCAAAAUGUGGAAAGGCUUAUUUUGGAGGUGAAGGUAGAUGUGAACACGAGCAUAACGACGAUUUUAAUCCUGCAGAUCUGGUCUGUGGUGGUUGUGUUGAUAUUUCUAGAGAACAGGAAUGUCCAAAACAUGGAAAGGAUUUUAUUGAGUUCAAGUGCCGUUACUGUUGUUCAUUAGCAGUUUUCUAUUGUUUCGGAACUACACACUUCUGUAACACUUGUCAUAACAACCACACUGUUGUCACCAACAUGUCAAAACCACAAUUACCACAAUGCCCGGCAGCUCCUCUUGGGAAAAAGUUAACAGGAACAAAAUGUCCUCUUGGAUUGCAACACCCUCCAACUGGUGAUGAGUUCUCCCUUGGUUGUGCACUCUGCAAAAAUCUACAAUGCUUUUAAUGCUGUUAUAUUCAUUCAUCUAACAUCUAGGUGCUUAAAUAAAAUUUAUGGUUUAAAAUGUUACAUUGCAAAAAUUAUAUAUUAGUAUGAUUUCUAGUACAUUUGUAUGUGUAAUGUUUAAGUGAAGAUAAGAGAAUGUUAUUAUCAUUUCAUAUACUCUGUUGGCACAAUUCAAAUGAGGAAGUGUAACUAUUGGAGUGUGUUGUCACAGUUUUUUUUUAAUGAUGACGAUGUAAAAAUAGCAUGCAAUGAUGAUGAAAAUGUAAGAUGCAUGAAAUGAUUAUGAUAAUAGCAUGAAAUGAUGACAAUAGCAUGAAAUGAUGAAAGUUCAAGUUAGCAUGAAAUGAUGAUGAAAAUGUAAGAUAGCAUGAAAUGAUGAUGAAAAUGUAAGAUAGCAUGAAAUGAUGAUGAAAAUGUAAGAUAGCAUGAAAUGAUGGUGAAAAUGUAAGAUAGUAUGAAAUGAUGGUGAAAAUGUAAGAUAGUAUGAAAUGAUGGUGAAAUGUGAUCAUAGCACGAAAAGUUCAAGAACAUGUACAAAAUAGCAUAAAAUGAUGAUGAAAAUGUGGAAAUAGUAUGAAUGCUGAUAAAAAUGUCAAAAAGGUAUAAAAUGAUUUGAAAUAACAUUAAAAGUUAAUGGAAAUGUGCAAAAUAGCAUAAAAUAACAAACAUUACAUGAUUAUUGGAAAUAAAAUAUAAUAA